CAGUAUUUAGUUAAGGUAAUUCAUUUGUUUGAUUAGAUGAUGAUGUGUGACAUUAUUAAUUGUUAUUAAAUGCAAAGUGGGGUCAAAAGCAAGGCCCCUCCGACCACUCCCUUUUUAUUUUCCACAUCCGCCAUGUCCCUUAGAACAUGGAGGAAAUUAUGGCAGUCUUCCCUACUUAAAUUCCCAUUCUCUCUUUCAUCUCAAACACCAUAAAAGCUCUAGUUGAACAACACACUCUUACUAGUUCUUGAAGCAAAAAAACCAUCAAUCCCAACUCAGAAAGCGCACAACUUUCAACAUAAAGUAAAUAACCAAGACUGUUUCUGUCAUCAUUGCGCUCGAAUCCAACCAAAACAAAAAAAAAAAGAACCACCCGUGGCUGCCAUUAUCCGAAGAUUCUCAUUCUCCUCCUUAAAAGGAAGAUAAGAGUUCAGAAAGAACUUGUCUUUACAGCUAGAUAUGGAAGUGGAAUCCGUCAAGUGUGAGUGCUGUGGCCUCAAAGAGGAUUGCACCCAAGAAUAUAUCCGCGAUGUGAAGGCCAAGUUUGACGGGAAAUGGUUAUGUGGGUUGUGCUCAGAAGCAGUGAGAGACGAGAUUAACAGAGGGAAAAUGCCUUUUGCCAUGGAUGAAGCUGUGAAAGCUCACAUGUCAUUCUGUGGGAAGAUCAAAUCGAAUCCUGCGGUUAGAGUGGCUGAUGGGAUGAGGCAGAUGCUGAGAAGAAGGUCAAGCGAUUUGACUUCACCGUCAAACAAGUACAGUGGCAGGUCAAACACCACUUCUCAAGUCACCAAUUCCUCCACUUUCACAUUGCACUGAUGAAAACAGAGGAACCUGCAAGUUGGGAACAGGGAAUAUCAUAUAACUAUCUUUCCUUUCGUUCAAAUAAAGUUUAUACUUAGCUUUUUGUGGCUAUGCUUCUCAUUUUGUCUUGUUGUACAGAGAGUGCUUUUUCGCUU